AUGGACGCCUCUAUUUACCAGAUCAUAUUCGGAGAGUUUGGCGACCCUAACUGCAGUUUGAUAGACGCUUUCCAGGACACUUUUUACGAAAACGCGUCCUUGUCAUUGAUGAACCUUGACGGGUCUUAUUGUAAUGCCACGACCGACGAGAUUGGGACCUGCUGGCCGCGGAGCAGCACCGGGCGGAUUGUAGAGAGACCUUGUCCCGAGUACAUCAACGGAGUCAAGUACAACACAACCAGAAGUGCAUACAGAGAGUGCAUGGAUAAUGGGACGUGGGCGUUGAAGAGCAAUUACUCCAGUUGUGAACCCAUUCUGGAGGAGAAGAGAAAAUAUCCAAUGCAUUACAAGAUAGCACUGAUCAUCAACUACCUAGGCCACUGUAUUUCUGUGGGAGCUCUAGUAGUGGCCUUCAUUCUCUUCUUAUGCUUAAGGAGCAUACGAUGCCUUCGAAAUAUCAUCCACUGGAACUUGAUCACCACUUUCAUAUUAAGGAAUGCUAUGUGGUUUCUGCUUCAACUGAUCGACCACAAUAUCCAUGAGAGCAAUGAGCCUUGGUGUCGACUAAUUACAACGAUAUACAACUAUUUUGUGGUGACUAACUUUUUCUGGAUGUUUGUUGAAGGAUGCUACCUCCACACAGCCAUUGUAAUGACAUAUUCAACAGACAAGCUUAGGAAAUGGGUCUUCCUUUUUAUAGGAUGGUGUAUUCCAUUCCCCAUCAUUGUUGCCUGGGCUAUUGGAAAGCAGUAUUUUGAAAAUGAACAAUGCUGGUUUGGCAAGGAGCCUGGAAAAUAUAUUGACUACAUUUACCAAGGACCUGUUAUUCUUGUGCUUUUGAUAAACUUCGUUUUCCUCUUCAACAUAGUGAGAAUUUUAAUGACCAAGCUGAGAGCUUCAACCACAUCCGAAACAAUACAAUACAGAAAGGCGGUGAAAGCAACGCUGGUCCUGCUACCUCUGCUGGGGAUCACUUACAUGCUCUUCUUUGUGAAUCCGGGGGAAGAUGACAUUUCUCAAAUCGUUUUCAUCUAUUUCAACUCUUUCCUACAGUCAUUCCAGGGUUUUUUUGUGUCAGUAUUUUACUGCUUUCUAAAUGGAGAGGUGCGUUCUGCGGUUAGGAAAAGAUGGCAUCGCUGGCAGGACAAUCACACCCUCCGUGUACGAGUGGCACGAGCCAUGUCCAUCCCCACGUCUCCCACCAGGAUCAGCUUCCACAGCAUCAAACAGACCACUGCUGUUUGA